AUGUCCAGCAUUCAUAGCCAACCCAGUGAUGACUCGCUGAGCUUGCAUGCACAAUUAGAAAACACACAGAAAACAGUUUCUAAUCAGUCGAAGGAUCCUAUGCUUUCUAAUAUGACUACCCCAAAAAAGUUAUGUGAUGCUCCACCAACUAUCAAGGAAGAAAAUGAGGAGGAUGAACCCGAAUACGGUGAGAACCGUGAUAAUCUCAUCCAACCCCACAGGCAACAAUUUAGAACAAAUACUAUGCUAAAGAAAAGGUCGUCGCUAUCUUUGAACAACAAGAGACGAAUUAACGGUAAUGAUGUUGAGAAAGCUCGCACAUCAGAGAAUUCACCCAUAUCAGUAGCAUCAUACAAGGCUGGAAGCUCAUUGAAUAGAUCGAGCUCAUCAAUUACGUUCGAAAAGCAAAAGAUUAUUCCAAGGUCAAGAACACACUCAGAACAUAGUAUGCUUAGCAGUUUAUCUUUGAAAUCCCUUGUCCAUCAGAAUUCAUUGUCAGCUGCCAAGAAUAAUAAUAAUACUCCCGUUUUAACAAGUAGAAGUAUGGUUAAUAUCAACCAACAAAUUCAAUCUCCGGCGAUGACAUCAUAUUGGAAAAAUACUAUUAACGUAAAUAAAGAGACUAAUGAUACCUCAUCCGUUGCUACUUCAGUAAUUAACCAAGGAAGCAUUUACUCGGACUCCACAGAUACACGAGAGAAAAUGGAGCAAAAGCAAGAAACGCCCUCGUUAAAAAGGAAUGAAUCUAACGGCAUUAGACGCUCAGAAUCGACAAUCCUUCCUAACACUAAACUCAAUGUAACUGAUGAUGACAGUAGGAAUACUAGUAAUAAUAAUGAUACUGAUGAGGCAAUAGCCCAAAAAAACCUAACUACUCAGGCAUUAAGAAAACUAUCCUUUCUUAAGACUUCCAACCUAUCGGAUACAAAUGAUAAGACUAGUGAGACUAGUAGUAAUAAUAUUAGGGAAAGUUUUGUCAGUAUGACCAAAUCGAACUCCACAGUGGCAGCAAAAACUGAUAGUGGCAAUGUUACCAGCGAGGACUCAAGAAUGAGACAUGGUGGUAAAUCACAGCUCUCUGUGUCCUCGUCAUCGUCAUCGUCUUCUGAAACUCCUUUGACAUUUUCGAGAGAUAUCUCUCAAAAUAAUAAGAAUAAUGGUAAUAGCAAUAAUAAGAAUAUUGACAAACUUAAAGGGAUACAGAAUAAUGUUGAAAUUGAAAGACAAAAUAAAAAUGAGAAUAUAUACCAAAAUACCGCCCUUGUGGAAAAUAGAGGUCAAUCAUCAUCAAAUAAUAGUGCCACAAGUUUAAAGAAGAGUCCAUCGAGACUUAAAAACGUGAGCUCAAAUGAAUUCUUAGCGCGUGGGAAUUCAUCGUCAUCGACAAAUAGUAUAUCACAUGUUCCUACACCAUCACAACAAAGCAGAAUACCCAAUGGUUUGUAUACUAACCAACGGCAGUUAAAUAACCGCUCUUCUCAACCAAAUAUAAGGAUGGGGAUAGAAAAUAAUAGAACAACAGACCAAGCAGUUAAAAUGGCAACACAACAGCAAAGGAGAUUAUCUUCUACAUUGAACUCAAUGAAACAGAAACGUUACGUGAAACAAAUUAAUAAUCCCAAGAAACCACUUUAUAUUCCUGCAGUACUCCGUAACGUUUCAGAAACUAAUAUAACCAAUGAAGAUAUUCAAGUUGUGAUGCGUAAUAUAAAUGAAUCGCAUGGCAGCAUACCACAUCAGGGAGUUCUUUCUAAUGCUAUGGACAACUUACUCCUUUCCUCACAAUCUAGUGUUAGAUCAACUACAUCAUCUCUGGUUGAGUCAUAUAAGUCUAAAAUAGUAUCACUCUUCUCUCAUUCGAACGACAGCUCUAAAACCGAACCUACACAUGAACAUUGGGUUCCAGAUUCAGAAAGAACAUCAUGUCGUAAAUGCCAGAAGCAAUUUACUUUUAUUGAGAGGAAACACCAUUGUCGUCAUUGUGGUGAAAUAUACUGUGCUUUGCACCUAAGACAUUGGCUAUAUCUGGACAAAGAUGCUAAUUUUAUUAUAAAUAAGAAUGUAAUGACAGAUCCAAUGGAGGACGAUGGCAUUCUUUGUAAAGUUUGUGACUUUUGUUUAGAGAAAUACGAGACAUUAUCCAACCCUAAUGGCGGCUCCAAAUCUAACGCAGAUACAGAGGCAAGAAUGGAAACUGCGAAGACUACUGAAAGGAGUUCAACCCCCAUUCCACAGAAAAAAGGUGGUGAAGGAGACAAUUCAGAAAACGGUGACACAGAAAACGGCAAGAAAAGACUAAGGGGUAGCAGUAUUGUGGGGUCUGUUCCAGCUGAUUGGAACUGGAGCAGUUUUUAA